AUGGCAUUGUUGAAGGAAGUGCCUGAUGGGGCAGAACUGGUGGAGAUAACGGAGAUUAUUCACGCCAGUGCAUUUUGGGUAAUUGCAAGUGGAUCAAUGUCAGAAACAAGCAGUGAGGAAUGGAGCAAGCCUCGAGCCCAGUUGGAGAUGCUAGAAAUGUUCUUGGCAAGUGCCAAGCUCACAACUAUAGUAGCUGUGAAUCAUCCACAGACUGGGAAGUGGCAUCGUGGCUGUGUGCAGGCUGUAAAAGAUGCUAACAAGUGCCUUUAUUAUGUGUUCCUAAUUGAUCAUGGACACACUGUGGAAGUGUCUGCUUCAGCCCUCAGGGACAUUGAUGAGUAUUACAAGAAGCAAGAACCACUGGCCAAUCAAAUAUUGCUCUUUGGCAUUGUGCCUGGCAAACGUACAUUACGCCAACCUCAUGGUGAAAGACUUAUAGAAGCAGUGGAUUGGUCUGCUGAAGCAAUUGCCUUCGUCAAGAACCAGAUUGCCAAGAGUUCAAUGGGGUAUUUCUGCCAGAAAGGGAAGCACAACAACCCAAACACACUGUUUGGAGAUCUCUAUUUAGUGGCAGAUGGAGGAUUUCUGGAUUUAGGACUCCUGCUGUGUUUGCAAAAAUUUGCUAUCUCUAGUCUGCAUUUGUUUCUAGGAAAGUAUGCUAGAGAUUUAAAAGCAGUCUCCAAAAAUAAAUUCAUGUCAUCAUCAACUACACCUGUGGUGCCUUCCAGAACUUCUCAAUCUAGUUACCAGUAUACUGAAGAUAAUGUUUUGGAUGAGCCAGUAAAACCGGAAAAACACAAACGACAGGAUAAUCAAAAUGAACUUGUGUUGAAGCAAUCUGAUUCUAUGCAAGGAUCAAUGAGAAGAGAAUUGAACACGGUAGAAAGAUAUCCCAACAAAGUUUCAAAUGUGAAUGAAUCAUUGCAAGAAUCUGUAAACUUUUCAGAAAUGAAUUUCAAAACUAAAUCUUCAGCGAAAUUCCAGUUUUCUGAUGAACAUCGAGAAGUUAUAAAUUCUGAGUCUGUGCUUGAAAAUAUUUCUUAUACAGGAGCUCAGAACAGAGAUAAAAGACAGUCAUUUCCCCUAAGAAAGAAUUUUGACACCAAAUAUCAAAAUAAGUUUGUCAGGCCUGAUAUACAAAAUACAUUUUCUGAUUCUCUUAAGUGGACUGAUGAUGAAGGAAAUGCAACCUGUACGACAUUGAAUUCAGAGAAAGUUCAAAGAGAAACCAUUCCUACAAAAAAGAGUGAAUCUUCUGAUAUCAAUGUCUGUGAUACUCAUAUCAGAACGUCAGAACGAUCUGUAAAAUUUUUGGGGCGAGAUAUAGAGAGAAAACCUGACUUGUCUAGGAAUUUGAGAAAAGAACUCAGCCCAAAGAAAACUGAAAAAGCAGCAAUUGAUGAAGGUACAGUGCCAACCUCAGUAGGACAGGCUCAUAAACGAGAAAUACUUUCUUCCAAACAUAAUGUGAUAUGGGAUAUGACUGCAUCAGAUGAAGGUUCAGUUUUUGAAAAGUUUACAAAUAGAGGUGCAAGAAAAUCUCUAUCUCCACAAAGAAUGGAUCUGAAAAGAAUUGAAUCCACAGACACUGAUGCAAGACAGAACACAUCCAAGGGACACUGGAAAAAAGAGACUAGGGUGUGUGAAGCAAGUGGUUCAACUGCACCUUAUAAAGGUUCUAUCAAGUUUACGAACAGAAGUUCAGUAAAGUCUGUGUCCCCUCAAAGAAUCCACGAGGAUAAUACUACAGAUACUGAUGCAAGGUAUUAUACAUCUGGGGAACAUUGGAAAAAAGAGAAUAGGGUAUGUGAAGUUGGUAAUACUGUUGCAUCAGAAGAAGAUUCCAUUUCUGUUAAGUUUACUAACAGGGGUGAAAGAAAGUCUGUGUCUCCCCUACAAAAAAAUGACUUGAAUAGAUUUCAAUCCACGAAUAUUGAUACAAGACGGGACACAUUUGUUGGACUUCAGAAAAGAGAUAAUAGAAGAGUUGAAGCAAGAGGUUAUGCUGCAUCUCAUAAAGGAUCUAUUAAGUUUUCGAACAGAAGUGUGAGAAGAUCUGUGUCCCCACAAAGAAUGCACCCGGAUACAAUCCAAUCCACAGAUACUGAUGCAAGGCUGGACACACCUGUGAGACUUCAGGAAAGAGACAAUAGGAUAUGUGAAGCAAGUGUUUCUAAUGCACCUCAUAAAUCACUAUCACCUGAUAAAGGUUCUAUCAAGUUUACAAACAAAAGUGCGAGAAAGUCUUGGUCCCCUCAAAGAACGCACCUAGAUAGAAGUGAAUCCACAGAUACUGAUGUAAGAGGAGAUACAUCUGAGGAAUAUUGGAAAAGAGAAAGUAGGGUGUGUGAAACAAGUAGUUCUGUUGCACCUCGUAAAGGUUGUAUUAAAUUUACGAGCAGAAAUGCAAUAAAGUCUGUGUCCCCUCCAAAAAUGCAUCUGAGUAGAAUUGAAUUUGCUGAUACUGAUGCAAGUCAGGACACGUCUCAGGGACUUUGGGACAGAGAGAAUAGGGUGAAUGAAGGAGGUAGAACAGUUGCACCACCUAAAGGGUCUGUUAAAUUUAUGGACAGAGAUGCAAGGCAGUCUGUGUCCUCUCAGAGAACGGACCUGGAUGGAAUUGAAUCCAGAGAGACUGAUGCAAGGCUGAACAUGUCAGAGAGAUUUGGGGAAAGAGAUAAUAGGGUAUGUGAAGUAGGAAAUACUGCUGCAUCACAUAAAGGUUCUAUAAAGUUUAUGGGCAAAGAUACAAGAAAGUCUGAGUCGCCUGUUAAGAAUUUCAGGCAAAGAAUGGACCCGAAUACAUUUGAAUCUGCAGGUACUGAUGCAAAACUAAACAAGUGUGAGGGGCUUUGGGGAAGAGGCAAUAGGCUUUAUGAUUUUAGGAAUGUGUAUGAUAGCCCUAAAGAGACAACUAAUGAUGCAACAUGCAUCAGUGAAACACAGUUGACUACAAGAGAGAAAGCAAUGCCAGUAUUACAAUCUCAUGGACAUAAUACAACCCGGGAGCAGAGAAAUACUAGUGGAUCUCACAGUGGCAACUCAUUUGGAAGUGCAGAAAUGUUUGACAAUAAUUCUGAACAGCUUGGAGACCAGAAAACUUUUAAAGGAUCCUAUGAAGAAAAUACAAGUAAUUGUGUAUCGCAAAUUGAUCUGCCAUCCAGCAGGAAAAGUAAAAAACCAAAUCUUAUCCAUACUUUCUUCCCUGCUGGUUUCAACAUGGCGGAAGCUGACAAAGUGGUCAGUGAAAAAAUUGUCCCCAAAAGCAGUGUGAAAAGUACCAAAGCAAGCUAUGGAAAAAGUACUGGUCCUUUUUCUGCUGCAAAAGCUGAAAAUAAUUAUUCUAUGUUUAAAUCCAAAGAUAGAUUACUGGCAGACACUACUUUCAGUAUUUUUAACGAACCUAAAUUAAGAGAUUCUGAAAAUCAAACUUCACAAAUGGCUUGUGAAGACAACUGUACUAUUGUGGAAAUGCCUGAGGAAUAUGAAGGCAAAAAGCAGUGGGACAUAUAUGAGAAAGGACAUAAAAGUAUGUUUAAAAGGGAAGAGACUGAAUCUAUGUUUUUUUCUACUCCGUCUGAAACGUCCCAUAAAGAUCAUGUUGCUCUUAAAAAAUCAGAAGUACCAGGUAUUGCACCUUUUUGUGAUUCUUUUAAAGCUUGUAGAAAAGAAGAAACCUUGAUCAAAUCAUGUUUGAAUGGCAGACAAAAGCAAUCUGUUUACCAUACAGAAACUAAGACAGUACAACAUGAUGUGACUCUUAAUUUACAAAAAUCUAAUUUACAUGAUCGUUUGUCUUCCAAAUUUACUGUGAAGGAAGAGGUGGCAGAUUCGAAGACACAAAUGAAAGCUAUGUGUAGUGAAACUGGGACCAAUGAAAGUAGGUAUAAAAAAGAUUCAUCCCAAAAAAUAGAAGUUAGAAAAGGCUUGAUACCUUCAUCACCAGAGAAGCAGCUGUUUACCACCAUAAAAGAAACAGAACACAAACAUAUGUCAGACAGGGAAGAAGAGACAGAAUUUAUGCUAUGUUCCUCAACAUCUGAAAUCCCACAUACAAAUCAGGUGGACCUUAAAAAAGCUGAUGAUCCAGCUGUUGCACCUCUUUGUAAUUCAUUUAAAGCUGGUAAAUAUGUUGAAAUCAAAUCGUGCAUGAAUGAGGAACAAAAGCAAUCUGUUCAAUAUACAGAAACUCAGACUAUUCAAACUGAUGUUACUCCAAAUUUAAAAAUAUCUAAUUCACAUAAUAAUAUGUUUUCCAAGUUACUUGUGGAGGAGGUAGCAGAAUGCAGACAAGUGAAAUUUGGGUAUGAUAAAACUGAGUCCUGUGAAAGCGAGUAUAAAAAAGAUUUAUCCCCACAAAUGUCAGAUAGGAAAAGCUCAUCACCUUUGUCACCAGAACAGCAGCUGUUUGCAGCUGUAAAUGCUGUGAAGGAAUGCAUUGCUGUCACUGGAAUUUCUGACAUUAAUCAAAGUGAUUGUGUAACACUGUUAGAUCAGCUUCUUUUAAAACUUAAAAAUGUAUCAAGAACUGAAUCAACUGAAAACAGGGAAGUGAAAGCUUCACAUCUUAGAAACACAAAUGCAGUUGAUAUUAGUACAGUAAAACAUUUAAAAGUUAAAGUAUUGGAUGCUAUACUCAGUGCUACCUCAGAAGACACUCAUACUGAUAACUCUCUGGGCAUGGCAGAAAGCUCUUCAAAUGUGUGUACAAAAUUGAUUGAUUCUUUACCCCCUGACAAGAAUCGUGCAGCAUCCCAUGACCUAAAUGAUUUCACAUUCCAUACACCCAAUGAAAGGGCCCUACAUAUUCCUGAGCUGGCCAAACCUGCCCAAGUUGAGGCAGCCAAACCUGCUCUGAUAGAACCAUCCAAACGUGCAACUCUAGUGCUGGAAAAACCUGCCCCUGUAGAACUGGCAAAGCCAGGACCAAUUGAUCUAGCCAAACCUGCGCCGUUUGAGCCGGCCAAACCUGCGCCGUUUGAGCCGGCCAGACCUGCUCCGUUUGAGCCGGCCAGACCUGCGCCGUUUGAGCCGGCCAAACCUGCGCCGUUUGAGCCGGCCAAACCUGCUCCGUUUGAGCCGGCCAGACCUGCGCCGUUUGAGCCGGCCAAACCUGCGCCGUUUGAAUCGGCCAAACCUGCACCGUUUGAGCCGGCCAAACCUGCCCCUGUUGAUUUGGCCAAACCCACACCGAUUGACCAGAGUGUGCCUGACCCAGCCCAACCUGCACCAGUUGAGUUGGCCAAACCUGAACUGGUUGAUACUGUUGACCCUUUACCGGUUGACAAGGCAUUACCUGCACUGGCUGACUCGGCUGAACCUGAACUGUCCGAACUUGUGCCAGUUGAUUUGACCAAACCUGGGCCACUUGAUUUGGCGAAACCUGCUCCGGUUGACUUGGCCAUACCUGUGCCGGUUGAUUCGGACAAACCUGCAUCAGUUGACCUGAGCAUACCUGACCUAGCUGAUCCUGCGCCAGGUGAUUUGGCCAAACUUGCAUUGGUUAACCCGAGCGUACCUGAUCCAUCUGAACUUGGACUGGUUGAUCCAGCCGCACCUGUACUGGUUGAUCCAGCCGCACCUGUACCGGUUGAUCCAGCCGCACCUGCACUAGUUGACUCAGCCAAAUUUGCGCCGGUUGAUUUGACCAAACCUGCACCAGUUGAUUUGGCCCAACCUACAUUGGCUGACUUCUCCAUACCUGUGCCAUUUGACCUGGCCAAAUUUGCCCCAGUUGAUUUGGGAAAACCUGCACCGGUUUACCUGAGCAUAGCUGACCCAACUGUACCUGCACGGGUUGAUUCGAGCCUAUCUGACCCUGCUGAACCUGCCCUAGUUGGCGUGGACGAACCUGCACCAGUUGGCUUGGUGGAACCUGCACCAGUUGGCUUGAUGGAACCUGCACCAGUUGGCUUGGUGGAACCUGCACCAGUUGGCUUGGUGGAACCUGCACCAGUUGGCCUGGUGGAACCUGCACCAGUUGGCCUGGUGGAACCUGCACCAGUUGGCCUGGUGGAACCUGCACCAGUGGGCCUGGUCGAACCUGCACCAGUGGACCUGGUCGAACCUGCACCAGUGGACCUGGUCGAACCUGCACCAGUGGACUUGGUCGAACCUGCACCAGUGGACCUGGUCGAACCUGCACCAGUGGACCUGAGCUUACAUGACCCAACUGAACCUGCACCGGUUGACCUGGUCGAACCUGCACCAAUUGAUUUGGCAAAACCUGAUUCAGUCAAACCUGCAGCGGUUGCCUCGGCCGAACCUCCACAGGUUGCCCUGGCUGAAAUUGCACCGGUUGAUCCUGCUGAACUUGCACCAGUUGAAACAACUGAACACACAACUGUUAAGUCCGCCAAAGCUGAAUAUCCAGGGUCAGUCAAAUAUAUAUCCAUCAAGAGUGCCAAACAAGUUGAGCUUGUCAAUUUUACACAUGAGCAUGUGAAACAUGCAUCUAUUAAGACUGUCAAAGUUGCACCUACUGAACUGACAAAAUCUCUACCUACAAAGCAUUCCCAGUUACCUCAAUGUGAACUUGACCAAUCUCAGUUUGAUGAGUUGGCUGGUCCUCCACUGGUCAAACUUAUCAAAUCAGCUCCUGCUGAUUCUGCUGUGUUCUCUCCUAGGGAACUUGCAGGAUCUUCACCUUGCAACCAUGAGACCCCACUAAUGAAUCUUAUAAAAAAUGCACACAAUGAUCUAGUGAACUCUUCAAAGUCAGUCCCAGAACCACAAGACCACUUGGCUUUUCAACAACCAGGCUUUGUAGAAUGUUCAAAAGCUAAGAAUUUAAUGAAAUCUAGCACUCCUGUAAAAGAUCAGGCCACUUCCUCGACAACCACAGAAAGAGCUGAUAAAAAAUCACUUACUUCCACUCCACAACAAAGAAAUAUGAGUGUGGAACCUGAUCCUUGCCCAAGCUAUGUUCGCAGUCCAGGAAGAAAGAUCAUGGACCAGUUGCAACUUUCAGUUGUUUUGUUGCACGGAGCUCCAAAAGACUUUAGGUAUUUGAACCUUGUCACUGAUGCCAUUCUUCGGAGAGAUGUCCAUGAGGUCUUGAAGACUAUGCUGUACCGUUUAAUGCGAAUCCAGAAGUAUGCUUGGCCACUUAUUCAGCAAGGUCACAGCUGUGUUCUUGUAGGACCUCCUAUGUCAGGCAAAACAUUGGGAUAUGCUGUCCCUCUCUUGGAUCAAGUGAUGCAGAAAGUGCAAGCCAAUGAGAUACCAAAGGGCAACGGACCUGUGAUGUUGGUGCUUUGUUCUGGUUCUAAAUGUUGUAAUGAGAUAUUUGAAAUAUGUUAUCAGUUUGUGAGGAAAUGUGUUAAAGAAAUUAAAAUGUUAGUAGCUUAUGGAGGAGGAGCAGAAAAAAUUGAAUUUAGUCUCAUCAAUGGAUGUCACAUUUUAAUAACAACACCCCGUUGCUUCAAGAGGCUACUUCAGCUUGGGAGUGUUGUGGUAAAUUUUGCUCGCUUGAGAUACUUAGUUUUGGAUCAAGCAGACGUAUUAACACUGAGAUUUUUACCAGAGGUUGACUUUAUCUCCAAAAGAGUGGAACGAGACAUGAAACCCCAGGAGAGAAAGCUACUGCAAGUGGUAGCUGUUGCAGAGAAAUGGUGCCCAGGUCUUGAGUUCAUAGUGAAAGGGUUGCCCAGUCCAGUGGUGUGCAUCGGAGCCUUCUUGGAAGCCAUUGUUUAUGCACAUCUAAAACCUCAGGUGCAUUUUGUGACACAGUGCAAUAGGAUUUCGAUAGUACAGGAGGUGAUUAAAGGGGCAGCGAAAGAUCACCGAACUUUGAUCGUAUGUAAAGAGGUGGAAGAAGUAGUGGCCUUGUAUGAGGCUCUGCGAACAACUGUCGACCCCAAACAUCUGAUAAUGGCUCAUCAUAAUUUGGAUUCUAUUGACAUCAACGAAUUAUAUGUCAAAUGGAGCUGUAUGAUGCAACCAGUGCUAGUGUGCUCAGAUGUAAUCGUUCAAGAAAUGAGUAUCCAAGGUGCUACUCAGUUGAUUCACUUCAGCCUGACGAGUGUGUCUAAAAGAGAGUUUGCGUACCGCUGCUCUACUCUGAUUGAUCGAUUACCAUCAAUGUUUGAGUGUGAGGAAGACAAAGGCAGCAAGAUGCAAUCACAGAUGCACAUUUUUAUUGCGGACAAUGACAGUGAACCACUGCCAACACUGGUUCGCUUCUUGAAGAGGGUUGGUGUUACAGUAGACCCUGACCUGCAAAAAAGAGCCAAUAUUGCAGAAGUUCAAAAGGACCUCAAGAAGGACUGGGUUCCUCUAUGCACGAACACAAAAGCGUUUGGGGAUUGCUGGAAUAAAUCAAACUGCCCCUUUCGGCAUGUCAUAUCAAGUGCAGAUAAGCCUCGAAAUAUUCCUACGUCUGGGAAUGUAAAAGUGACAGUGCUUCAUGUCCAUGAUGCUUGUAACUAUUCUGCUCGUGUGUAUGAACACACCAAUGCAAAUGGCCAAGUGGAGGUGGUACCCAAUCUUGUAACAAGUAUCACCAGGAAAAUGCACUCCUAUUUUAAGGAUGAUGCUCACAGGCAAGUGGAUUUUUUAUUUGCUGAAAGAGUGAGAGGAGUUUAUCAUCGAGUAGAAGUUCUUGCCAUAUUUAAAACAGAUAGACAUGACAAUCCCACAGAAAUACUAGUGCGUUAUAUAGAUGAUGGUUGUCGUGAAUUAAUUAAGGCUGAGAGGCUGUUUGAACUGCCCCCAGAGUUAAUAGAGAUUCCACCUCAGUGUGUGGACAUAUUUGUGUGUAGACUUGCUCCGUGUGAUCUUGAUUGGAGUUGGGGACCUGUCACUAUUGACAAAGUGGCAGAGAUAUUAAGAGAAACAGUACAGAAAGAUCGAUUUUUAAUUGGAAAGAUCAAACUGAGUCUUCGUCAUACACUUUGGUUAGAUCCUCUAGAGUGUUAUGAGCACUUGGUCACAUUAAAGACCAACACCAUCAUAUUCUCAUUACGUCGGAAACUGUUAGAGGCUCAGCUAGCUGUGGAAAGCCCUCAACAUCUGGAGCUGCUUAGUCAAGCUUGUGUAAGGGCUGGGAUAGAAGUUCCUCAGUACGCUCCAUCUAAUACAUCAUUGCACAUUGAAAAAUCUGAAAAGUUUGAUGUUUGCUGGGCUCAUCUACCUGCUGAUGAAUUUACACUUGUUUAUUUCGUUGUUGGUGAUCAUCCAGGCAGAUUCUAUGUUCGGCAAGAAAAAUUUGAAGAUCUGGUACAUAAGAUGGAUAAAAAACUCACCAAACUUGCCAAAGAGAGGGAUUCAAACAGCAGAACACUCUUUGCAGGCGAUUAUUGCAUUGGAAGAUUUCCAGAAGAUAAGAGAUGGUACAGAGCCCAUGUUGAAAAUUCACAAAAUGAUACUUUGGAUCUCUUCUUUGUGGACCAUGGUGAUAGAGCCACUGUGUCCAGAAGUGAAGCUGUACCUUUACCUAAGGAUUUGAUUACGCAGUUACCAUUUCAGGUAUUGGACAAGAUUAAACCUGCAGACUGUACUGGUGGCUACAAGUACCAUGUAGCUCUGAUUGAAGUGACACCACAUGGCCAAGCAUUACUUAACAACAGCCUUGUAGCCUGGGGCCUGGCUUCACAGAGCGAGGAGCAGAAAUUGUUGCUACAGGGACUUGACUUUAGCCAUUUGACAUCCCCUUUGGAACGUAACUGUUCUAGUGAGUCAGAAGAUGAUGAAAUGGAGGAGGAUGAAGAAAAGUCAUUUAAAUCAUUGAAUGAGACAGAAGUAAUUUUUGAAGAUACCUUUGAUUGUGAACAAUCAGAAUGUAGUAAUAUUCAGUGUAGUGAGGUUAACUCCUCUUCUCUGGCAUAUUCCCUUGAAAGCACUGCCUCCAGCACUGAAGCACGCUUGGAAAACACAUUUGCCAGCUUUGAUUUCAGUGCAAUCACAGAGGAUGAAAUUAAGGAGUUCUUUGUGAAAUCUAUGGAAGAUUAUAAUACAACAAGCAAAGCUGCAACCUCAAAUGCCCCAAGUACAAUGGUUGUUAAAGAUCAGGAAAAGCUUGAGGAAGAUAGUUCAUCUCGUAACUGUGCAACAUUGGACGAGUCUAAAAAAGAAGAGGAUUCUACCUGCAAUCAAGAAAAUCCAAUGACAUCUUCACAAAAGUGCAAUCCUUCUUGCAGUUUAAGUGUUGAAAAUGAAGAAUGUGAUUCAAAUUCUGCAUUGGAAGAUGACUGCAUCAUGCCACAUUUGGUUCGAAUCACAAGAACACCUCUUGUUUAUUGGCGCCAGGAUGCAUAUUUUGUGUGGCUGAUGGUAGAUCUCCCAGGGGUGGAUAAUUACUACUUGAGAUGGGAUGAGGAUAAUGUACAUUUCUGGACUGUUGUGAAAGAUAAUGUUUAUUCGUUUGAUUUACAUUUAUUCGGGCCCAUUGUCCCCACUUCAUUGACACAUUCUGGGGGACUUUUUGUUCGUAUCAAGAUGCAGAAAGUGUUGAUUGCUCUGUUUCAUAUUCUCUGCCUAGGAAUGGAUUGGCUUCGUCUUGUUGUUAGUUCAGAGAAGCUGCUGUGGGUGAAGAGACAUUAUGAUGCAGAAAAUAGUAGUGACAUGGAAGAACUCAGAUUGACAGAGCAACUGAGAAUCAUAAAAGAAAUGGAAAAGAAGAAAGAAGAUCGAAUUGAAAAGGGAGGUCUUCUGCCUGCCGACGAGACUACAUAUGAAGCUGAUGACAGUGACAGUGACUCCAGCUCUUCAGAUCUCUUCCUGGCUGAUGAACAGUACGAUCCUUAUGACCCUUUGAACUGAAAAGAUCAGCCUGUGAUUUUUUUUGUUUUCAUUACAUAAAUAAUACUCGAAGGCUGAAGAUGUGUAAAAACUUGAAUUCCUCCCUUCUGUCUGAAAACUCAGAUUUCUUGAUGUCUUUGUAGGUUUUUGUAAGACAUCCAUUCUGAACAAUAACUACAAAAUUCCAUCCAAAGUGUAAAGAGCAAUCAGUGCUGAAAGCAGUAAGUGUCUUUUAAUGGUGUAGAAGGGCAUGCCUACCCAUUUUGCUUGGGGGCAAAAGAAUCUCUUCAGAUAAAACAUUCAUUCCUAAUGACUGUUUCCUUUUUGUGUUUUGGUUUUUUACAUAGAAGAACUAUUAUAAAUAUAAUUCUCGAUUUAUUGAUUUAACUUUUUUUGAAGAAUGCUUCACAGUUUUGUUAAAAUUCAACAUGUACCUGAAUAAAUACAUCUUAAUUGUAUA